AUGGAUGUCAUGGACAAGUACGAGAAGCUGGAGAAGGUUGGGGAAGGCACGUACGACAAGGUGUACAGGGCAAAGGACAAGGCCACGGGCCAGCUCGUCGCGCUCAAGAAGACCCACCUCAAGAUGGAUGAGGAGGGCAUCCCGCCCAUCGUGCUCCAUGAGAUCUCCCUCCUCAACCUCCUCUCCCACUCCCUCUACGUCGUCCGCCUCCUCGCUGUCAAGCAGGCCACCAAGAAUGGCAAGCACUUCCUCUACCUCUUCUUCAAGUUCCUCGACACCAACCUCAAGAAGUUUCUCGACAUCUACCACAGGGGCCCCAACACAAGGCCGCUCCCCACACACCUCGUCAAGAAUUUCUUGUAUCAGUUAUGCAAAGAAGUUGCCCACUGCCAUGCCCAUGGUGUCCUUCACCGGGAUUUAAAGCCACAAAAUCUGCUGGUUGACAAGGAGAAGGGGAUAUUGAAAAUUAUUGCAGAUCUUGGGCUGAGUAGAGCUUUUACCGUGCCAAUGACAAGCUACACCCGUGAGAUUGUAACACUUUGGUAUAGAGCUCCUGAAGUUCUGCUUGGAACUACACAUUACUCAACUGGUGUUCAUAUGUGGUAUGUUGGAUGUAUCUUUGCUGAAAUGGUCAGAAGACAGGCUCUUUUUCCUGGUGACUCUGAGUUGCAACAGUUGCUUCACAUUUGCAGGUUGCUGGGAACUCCUACUGAGGAGCAAUGGCCUGGAUUGACUGCUUUGAGGGACUGGCAUGAGUUUCCACAGUGGAAGCCCCAGAGUUUGGCCCGUGCUGUCCCAACGCUGGAACCUGAAGGCAUUGACCUACUAUCAAAAAUGCUUCAGCUUGAUCCGUCAAACAGGAUAUCAGCAAAAGCUGCGAUGGAGCAUCCCUACUUCGACAGCCUUGACAAGUCCCAGUUCUAGUCCUUGUACC